UUGUUGCUGUGAAUUAUCGUCAAAUAGAAAAGUGUGCGCAAUAAAGGAAGAUAUUUUUCAAUACGCUGUUAAAUUUUUGCUGAAAAAAGUGAAAAUAUCCUUUGAUAAUUGUGAGAAAACCAAAAAGUCGUUGUGUGAUUUCAACUAUGCAUGUGUAGCUUAUUAUUCAACCAUAAAACUAUCGGACUUGCUAUUAAAGCGUUUAUUUCUUGUUUUAGUUUUUUUGUUUUUUGCCUUUUUUGUGAAUAAGCAGUAAAAUAAUUCUAAAGUGAUAAAAUUAAAAGUGAAUAGAGAGAAUAACAGUGAAAAAGAAAGAUAAGAGAAAGUGGAGUAGUUAUUAAAAAAUACAUAAAAAAUAUUACGAACAUUUGAGAGUAGUGUAACAAAAGUUGAUAAUUUUUUUUAAUUGAUUAGCAAAAGAAACGUGAAAAAUAUUCUAUAUGGCAAACACGCGUAGUAAAAAAGGCAACACGAAACAACGGGAAUUUGAAAAAAUAUUUUAUGACGACACACAGGAAGAGAGGACUUCCGCGACAACGGCAUCAUCUAAAAACAGAUUAGGCGGUACAAAAAAAACAGCAAGCACCCAGCAGCCAGAAAUCGUUCAUCUGAAACAAGAAACAACGACAAAAGAACAAAUGCAUACCUUCAGUGAAACCGGAGCUGGUGUGCCGGCCUUUUUAGCCAAGCUGUGGCGUCUAGUAGAUGAUCCAGAUACCAAUCAUUUGAUUUGCUGGAAUAAGGAUGGUCGCAGUUUCAUAAUACAAAACCAGGCACAAUUUGCACGCGAAUUGUUGCCUUUGAAUUAUAAACAUAACAAUAUGGCUAGUUUUAUAAGACAGCUAAAUAUGUACGGUUUUCAUAAAAUAACUUCAAUAGACAAUGGCGGUUUGAAAUUCGAUCGCGAUGAAAUGGAAUUUUCCCAUCCUUGUUUCAAACGCAACUGUCCUUUCUUGCUUGAGCAUAUUAAACGUAAAAUUGCCAACACAAAAAGUAUUGAUGAUAAAUCUGGUUUGAAACCCGAGGCCGUUACGAAGGUGCUACAAGAUGUUAAGGCAAUGCGCGGUCGGCAGGAUUCGCUUGACUCGCGGUUUUCAGUUAUGAAACAGGAAAAUGAGGCAUUAUGGCGAGAAAUAGCGUCGCUGCGUCAAAAACAUGCUAAGCAACAGCAAAUAGUUAAUAAACUAAUACAAUUUUUAAUCACAAUUGUACAACCUUCACGUAACAUGACUAGUGUGAAGCGACAUAUGCAGCUAAUGAUUCAUGACACACCAGAGAAUGCAAAGCUUCGCAAAAAGAGUGAGUCCGAAUCUGAGUGUGGCCCAGUUAUUCAUGAACUUGGAGAAGAGUUGCUUGACGAGGUCACCGAUGCCGAGGUUGAUUUAAUGGAAGCAGCAAGUCCAUAUGGCAAGAUGACUCCACGCAAUGAUGCCGAAAGCUGUGGGUCCCCUCUAAAUAUUGAGCGUCCUCAUUCAAGCAUUAGUCAAAUGUCACAACAAUUCGACUACUCAAAUCAGAGUGCGGAAGAUGCUGUUAAUGCAGCAUUGGGGUCCGACAUCAAUGAGGGCCUAAAUUUGGGUGGAAGUGACGCUGCUAGCAAAAAUUCUCAAAAAUUGGGUACAGGCACGAAUUCGUCAAUUAUUCAGUCUGUAAAUCCAGAUGGAUCACAUAUUUUUUAUCACGUCACUGAAGUUCCCGAUGCAAUAGAUUCGCAUCAUAACGAUGUCAUGCCGUCAGCAUCUCCAAAUUAUAGUGAAGAAAAUGUCCUUACCACGCCUAUGGUGCGUGAACAAAUGGCGCGCUCACAGCAGUUGAAAGAGAGAAACAAGCGACGCCGCAAGCAGGCUGGUAUUGAGGAACCAUCACCCGACAUCGCUUCAAAAUCAGCCACAGCAAACGUCAGCUCGAAGUGUCCAUCACCAAAAUUGAUUAAGUCUGAAAAUACAACUAUCGAUCCAAUGUCAUUUUUGAAUGUAUUCACAGAGGAUCAGCUUAUGCAACCCGACACUCAAAAAAAUUCACCAAUUCCUAAAGAGGAUUCACAUCCAUCGAAUGGCAGUAAUUCUGGUUUACCGCGUGCUGGUAAUACAGCUAUUGCUGCGGUGUCUACAGUGGGUGCUGCUAACGAUGUUACAUUACUUGGUGGUGGAUCACAGGCAGCAAACUUUUACAAUCCAAGUGAAUUUAUUACUCCCGAGAUGCCUGCUGAUAUAUUUGAGGAAUCGCCAUUAAUAUCAGCUGAACCCAACAGCUAUAAUCAGCAGCAGCAGCAACAACAAAAAGAACCACGGCAACAGCAAUUUGGCCGUACAAUGGCCAAUAGUGGCAAGUUCUCUUCGUUUGUAACGCGUAAUAAUAACAAUGGUAACGUCGCCGCUGGGUCACCUAAUGGAGCUUCGACAUCUGCCGCAGCCGCUGCCGCUGCUUCCAAUCAAUUUUACAACAGUGACAAACAGAGUAACAACUGCAACGCACUAGUUUCCUCACAGCAGGGAAAGAAUGUUAAUAAUAAUGGAAGCAAUUUGCUACUAGCGAAAUACAAAAAUGGUCCUGGCAGUGAAGACAUGCGGGAUGAUGUGAAUAACCACUUGGAUAAUGUUCAGGAUGAACUGGAAUCGCUUAAGGAUUUGCUACGUAGUGAUGGUUAUUCAUUAGAUGCCAACACUCUUUUGAGUAACGGAGAUGCCACAAAUACGAGCCCAAAUAACCGAAUUUCCUUCUCAUCACAACUGGAUGGGGAGUUUCUUACCAAGCUAUUCAAUGAUUCCGACAUUUUAGGACCCUUUGGUUUGAGUUUGAUAAAUGAAGUCAACACUGAUAAAAAAGGUUCCGAGCUUAUGUCUUACCAACCGAUGUACGAUCUAUCAGAUAUCAUAGAUAUUAAUGAUAAAAACGAGCUAGAAGCUGUUGACCAAUCGAGUAGGCCUAGCAGCUCACGUCAAUUGCAACAGCUACAGCAGCAGCAAAGGGAACCUCUCAGCGGUCUCAAUACACCAUACAAUGAUUAUUUUGCCAAUGCACUUGAGCCUUCAAGUACCCCGAAAAAAAGUGAACCAGCGGCUAUUGGCAACAUUACAACAAAACCUUAAUUAGACAGUCCUCAAAGCGUCGAUGAAUCUGUGAAUGAAAUGAAAAUCUGAAUUGUGUUGCAAUUACUUAUCGCGAUGGUAUAAAACAGCAUCGUUGACUAGUCCAUUGGCAAUUAUAUUGAUUUUUAAUUUUCAUAUAUUUCAUCACUCAAAUACAUCCUUUUAAUUUCGCUACUAUUAGGAAAAAUCCUAAAUAUUUUUUACAUCCUAACAUUGAAUGGAAUAUUCACCAGCUUCUAACUUUGCAGAGUUAUUGAAUGUGUUAUUAAUUACUGCUAAAAUUAUGUGUGUGCAAACUUGGCUGUUCUUUGGACAUUUGCAUACAUAUAUUAUAUUAACUUUGUGCUCUAGUAUUACUGUUAUACACUUGUAUUGAUUUAAACUUGCAGUAGUGUAGUAAGUUUGUUGACUUUUUUAUUCUUAAAAAUUUAAUUUCAAUUAAAAACUUUUGUGCAAGAUUUAUUUAUGGAUGCACCAGCGCUUGUUUGUAAACUUAAAGAUACCAGAGCCUCGCUAUGUAACGAUAUUACUAGUGGAGCUAUGUUGAAUAAAUGUGUGGUGUACUGCUUCGCUGAUUUAAAGAUGCGGAGCACACCUUUCAUUUUAUUUAAAAUA